AUGACCGUCGGCACCGGUGAGUCUGCGCACGCAGCUCAUCUCCGAGCGCUCAUCGACACUGACUCUGGGUAUGGAGGGAGCACGGCCGGCGAGGAAGUAAGCGCCUCGACUCUCGUCCCUGGCUCUCCCGCCUGGGACUCUGCUCUACAGGAAGACAGACCAAUGCAUUCGCAGUCCUCUCACUCCCACGCGCGCGUCGACGCAGACCACCGCAUGCAGCCCGGCGCCAUCCACCAGCUAUGGUACAACCAGCACCGAGUGGCCCUCAACCGCUCGAUCAAUAAAGUCAUUGAGCUGCUUAAAGGACUGCAAGAGAUGAACGUCACCUGGCCGGCCCAUUAUCCCUCCGUCCAGAGAGCCGACACACAACGACCUCCCUCGCGACCCGGCUUUCAGCAUACGCAGUCUAUCGCUGCCGAAGCACACUCGUCCUCUCCCUCCUCCCCGACUGCUCCUGUGAGACCGCUACGACGUGCGAUGACAUCCCUCGAAGACCACCACGAAGCAGAGUCAAGCCAGGCUGCGGAGAAGCGCACAGCUGCUGCCGAACCUCGCCUCGUGACGCCUCAGAUUGCUCAGGAAUUCUCAAUUUUGAAGUUAGAUUUGAAGCUUGGGUCAUUGCACCAGACCGAACUGGUUCAUUCGCUGGAAAAGGGAUCGAUUGCAUCGCUGCUGGAUGGCAAGAUCAGUUCCAGCAUCAAGCACCUACUCUCGCUGCGUGAGCGUAUCGAAGACACAUCAAGCAAGGUUCUGAUUACCGGAGAUUUGAACGCCGGCAAGUCCACAUUUUGCAAUGCCCUUCUAAGGAGAAAGGUUCUACCCGAGGAUCAGCAACCUUGCACCAGCAUUUUCUGUGAGGUUCUCGAUGCGGGAGAGAACGGUGGGAUCGAGGAGGUGCAUGCGGUUCAUAAAGACUCCGUCUACAACCGUAACGACGAGACAACAUACGAUGUCUUUUCCCUGCAAGAGCUCGAGAAGAUCGUCUUGGACAACUCGACUUACAUGCAGUGCAAAGUCUAUGUAAAGGACGUUCGAACAAUUGACGAGUCACUGCUCAACAAUGGCGUGGUCGAUAUUGCUCUGAUUGAUGCUCCAGGUCUAAACUCCGAUACCACAAAGACGACAGCUGUCUUUGCUCGACAGGAGGAAAUCGACGUUGUCGUAUUUGUGGUAUCUGCAGCGAACCAUUUCACCAUGACCGCCAAGGAGUUUCUCUGGGCAGCUGCCGCGGAAAAGGCAUACCUAUUCAUCGUUGUAAAUGGUUUCGACAACAUCAGAGAUAAGGAACGGUGCGAGAAGAUGAUCCUAGAGCAAGUUCACGGUCUAAGUCCCCGAACUUUCAAAGAAUCAUCUGAGCUUGUUCAUUUCGUGUCAAGCAAUGCUGUCCCUACGGCCCCGCCACCCGGCGGUCCAGGAGGAAAUGGCAGCGGCUCUUCGAGUGGAGGCGGUGGCGGCGAUGAUCCGAGCGGUGAUCCGAAAGGCAAGGGGAAAGACAAGGAAAAGCUCCAAGACUUCGAGAAGCUAGAGCAGUCAUUACGACGAUUUGUCCUUGAGAAGCGAGCCCAUUCAAAGCUCGCUCCCGCCAAGACAUACUUGCUGAAUAUCCUGAACGACGUCAAUGUUCUCGCCACGGUCAACUCUGAGGUUGCUCAAUCGGAGAUCAAGCGCGUCACAAGGGAGCUCAAGGAGAUUGAGCCUCAAUUGGAGUCGAGCAAGAAAGUGCAGAAUGAGAUCAAAGACGAGAUUGACCAGACAAUCGAAGAGACUUGCAAGGAUGUCUAUGAUUAUACCCGUUCAACCCUGAAUUCCGCCAUUGCUCACGCAGGUGAUGAUACUCAGGGCGUCAUAUAUCCUGGGCUUUUCAACGCCUUUGAGUAUGCAGAAGAACUGAAGGAGGCAAUGCUGUCUCAAAUCCAGGCCUCCGUUGUGCAGUGCGAGGACCACGCUCGCACGAAGACCGUCAGUGGUGUCAACGCUAUCAAGCAAUUGGGCAUCCUUCACCUCGGCAACGAGUACAGUGAUCUCAGCUUCCGACCUGAUGUGAUGUUCCGCCGCAAGCGUGACGUCCUAGCCAAACAGAUUGACAUUCCGACGGAACUCUGGGACUUUGUCGACUGGUCAACUCUCCUCCAAGAACAGGAGAAGGUUGCCGGUACAGGCAUGGCUCUCACCGUCGCCACGGCCGUUGUGCCACGCCUUAUAGGAGGCUACGGCUGGGCGGAUCACGCAUUGAGCGCUGCCCGUGUGCUCGGCAACGACAACCUUCGCCGACUGAUCGUGCCUGGCAUCAUCCUCGCUGCCAUUGCUGCCUCCGCAUAUGUCCUCAACCAGAUCCCCAGGUCUCUCCCUCAGCGUCUCUCCACCAAGAUCUCCACUCAGCUCACAUCCAUCGACUACGUACACGCCAACUCCACGCGGAUAGCCGGCUCCGUGCGCAAGGUCCUGCGCUACCCAGCAGAUUCUCUCCGCGUCGGCUUCCAGCGCUCGGUCGAGGAGCUCGGCUCCCGGCGCGAGGAGACCCUGCGUGUCAAGGCCGAGAGUGAUGUCGCCCUGAAGUACUUCGGCAACCUGGUACGAGCCAGCGCCGAGCACCGCACCAAGGUCGAGUCGAUUGACCUCGACCACAACCCCCAGGGCAUCGCUCAGUAA